AGAAACCAGAUAUUCAUUUAGAUGAAAAGAAAAGAUAUGAGGAACAAGAUGGCUUAUCUACCACCACUAGAUAUGAAUGGAAAAGCUGCAGACUUGGACUCAAUGACAUUGAAAGAGCUGGUUAAUUUUAUUCCACACAUGAUUAAAUGUUCUACGGGGCGUAAUGAGGUUGGUUGGGGUAAGGAGGUAUUCCGACCCCCCUGGUGGCCAAGGAAUCAACCAUGGAUAGAUAUUACAAAGAUGAAACCAAGGAAAGAGGAGACCUGGCGUGAUAUGUUCAAAAACGUCAUCAUCAAAGGCUACACGUACCACAAUUCGCUGGACGUGUUAUACAGAAGACGCACAGCGAAUAGAGCUGGCAUGCAGACCCGGCAGCAGGCUACAAGCGACAGACCAUCUCCCCGCGAGCCUCCCGUCCUGCAGAGUCGACUCGACGAUGAGCCGAAGCAGAGUCGUCUAUUCACGCACGAUGGCGCUGCGACGGAUGCGAACAGUGUUUCGUCAGCGAGUCUAAGAACUCAGGCGAGCUUGUUGUGCGUUCCCGCUGCUUGUGUGGCGUCCGUGCAAGACAAGAGUAAAGGUGGUGCGCCGGUCACCGUGCUCGUGCAAGACAAGAGUAAAGGUGGUGCACCGGUUGCCGUGCCCGUACACGAGAAUCCUGGUCCUCCGCACACGGCGAAGGCUCGAAAACAGUUUAACCUGCGCCCGAGAGAGCGGGACGCACAAACGAGCCAGGUUCAAAAACUCAAAAUGCAGCCGUUGGUGAUACUGUCGCAGCAGGACUUAACACAGCCUGUCACUGUUGGCAAGCAGCACGUCACUGCAAGAAAGCUGCACAAUGAAUCACCUACCUCAAGUCCCCCAGUGGAAGAGCGCACGGCAGCGAAUCAGACUCCGAUGACAUCGAGGGAAGCACUGUACGUUAGUGACUGCAGAAUGAACGCCGUGGAUAGUGUUUCGCAGAAGAAAGAGCAGUCUGUCAUAUCACCGCACAAGAGUUCCUCUACGCGGAAAGUCGAAGAUUCUGCGGGCGCCGUCGGCAAAAAAAGACACGUCAGCAGUCCGCGGGUGACGAUCACUCGACACCAGAGUGAGCCUCUGUCUCCGCUACGCAGCGACGCGGAGGCGGGCAUGAAAUUGCGGCCGAGGUCCGAACGGCUUGGUUACACAGUGGUGAAGAUGUCUCAUCGGACUGUCUCAGUGAUCAGCCCAGACACACCCGAGAGGCACAAGGUGUCGAGUGUUAACCGAGCCCCCAUUGUGCCCAUGUCUCCGAGGGGACUGAGAAAGACAUUCAGUCCACCUGCUAUUCGAGGAGUUGAUGAUGAUGAUGACGAAGACGAUUCUGAUUUAGAUGACCCAGGAAUGUCAGGUAUUACAUGGGGUUUAGGGGACAGCGACGGUAGCUCAGAUAUCGUCGAGUUUUUUGUGUGCCCGUCGUGCCAGAGAGAGUUUACAAGUAUAGCGACACUAGAAGCGCACACACCCGCCUGCCAAACUGAGGAAGAAGAGAUGGAUGUGAUGGAAGCUGAGGAGGAGGAGGCAGCGAGUGAUGAGUCAUGCUAUCUAGGUUAUCUGGGACUGAUGAAAAAAGGGGCAGAGCGCUCGGAAGUAUAUCGUAAUAUCAGUCCGAGCAAAAGAGUUGUGCACGAAUCGAAACCAUUUGACAUGUCAACGUUCAGCCGUCGCGCUAUCGGCUCCGUGGACGUUUCGUCGGUUCUAGGUAAGAACAUGCACAAGAUUGUCCCUGUAGUCUCGGUGCAACCGAAAGUGGCACCGUAUGAAGACUUCUGCAGAGCGGUAACCACGACGCAGACGGGAAAACUUCGCGAUCGUGAUUACCUGUACCGCUGUCCCGUGGUCUAUCGCAGGCCCAAGGGCCAAGCACCCGGUUACACACAUAAAAUGAAGUUUACUAAGGCGCAGAUGAGAGAGUGGAAACGGACAGUGCGAACAGGCCUCAAUCGGAGGGCGAGAGUGUUUUUAGCAUGUUGCAAGCGCAUGCAGCAGCGGGUAGUGCUGCACAGACUCAGUGAGGAAGUCAUCAAGAUGUGGACGACUCGCAGGCCUGUCCCAGUGCACUUGUACAGAAGCUGUAGAGUAGUCCUGAAUAACAUGAUCGACGUCUCGCUGUCGGGGUCCUCGCCCGGCGAUUCGCCUCACUACGCCGCCGACUACACGAAUUAUCCUAAUCCGACGAUGGCCAACAGAGAAGGUUACCCGUCGGCAGACAUCUCAGGUCUGCCUGAAGGCAGCGGCGUGCCGGCGAGCGGAGCCGGACUCCCGCUACUGUUCUCGUGUCACAUGUGCGGCAUGAAGAAGAUCUACGAGUACAACGCGAAGGAGAGCAUCACGUAUCACAUGUCGUUCGUUCACAACGGCAACAACGACGGCUUCUUCGUCACGCACCGUGAGUCCGUCGGAGCCGCGCAGCUGAUGGUCGUCGAGGCGUUCGACCGCAUGUCCGACGGCGGCGGGCACGCGUUGCCGUACCAACGCUCGUCGCCCGUCACGCAGCUUCUCGCUCCGCACGCCGCGGCGUCGACGGCGGGCGGCGUCGACGGCGCGUCGGCGUCGCGACUCCCCGUCCGUGAUUGGCGGCCGGAUCGGUCGUAUAGGUCACUCGCUCUUGGCGGCGAACCGGAGCUGCCUCACUACAUGUCUCCGCGCCCCAGCGUGUCGCCGCGCGUUGGCAUCGCGCAUCCCAUGCAGCAGCAGCAGCAGCGACGGUUUCCAACGGCGACGCAGGCCGGCGGGGCGUCGUCCGCGGCAACAAGGAAGAACGUCGUCGUGCAGCUAAAGCCCCUGGUGGCGGCGCGCGAAUCGCUCAAGGUCGCGGUCGCUGCCGACAACGACUCGGACGACGACGUGCAGGUCAUAACGGAGGUCAUCAGUAUCGAUUAACGAUGUAUGGUUUGUUUAGUCAGAGCUGUUCCAAGCGUGACUUGUUAAUGUAAGUGAAGAUGGGCGCUUUGUUCAGAAAUGAUGCAAUGUAAGAAGAGAAGAAAUGUAAUGUAAGAAAUUUCCUAGUCUAGAGAAUCUCUACGAAUCGUGAAAAUGAAACAAUGGUUGCCUUCUCUGGGGGGAGAGAUUAUUAUUAUGAAUGAAUGCAGAAUUCCUCAAUGCAUAAUUAAAAGCCAAAAGGUGGUGUGUUUCCGGUUACAACGAAAUAAAAGUUAAAAGAGUAGGUAGGUUGGUAUAAGCAUAAGUAAUGUAACAUCAAACUAAUUUAAUUUUGAACUCUUUUGUUACGCCCCCCCUAAUUGUAAUGUAAAAUAAAUCGGCUUGUUUCCUCCCACUGGGGCUGCGGCGGGGCAGCCCGAAAUAAUGUUUAUUCAUGUAGGGUUGAGUGACUAACUAGGGUCAGUCAUGUAACCGCAAGCACACAUCCUUCUUUGCUUAGCCUAAUAAUUUGUGCAGACAGCAUCAAUUAUUUCGUGCCUAUUAUGUGAAAUGUUGAGUUUCCCCUUCAUGUGUCCAUUUUAUUUAUAACAUAAUUUAUUAUUAGGCUUUUUACUUUGCCAUACCUAAGGUAACCUUGUGGGUGUUUAGAAACCAGGUAACACAAAAAGCGUCAAAAAAUAUGCAAGUUUAGUUUCGCAGACCGUUACAGUAUUUUGUUCCACUUUAAAAGACCCAACUUGAAGGUAAAUUUACAAAUCUAUAAAUUGCCAACAGUUAGAAAAAUAUUUAAGGUAUGGAAUUUAUUCUUUGAAUUGAGUCGUUUAUGGAUUUAUUAUAUGAAACUUGGGUGAUCCAUAAACUUUCUCUAGUGGCUUGGCAUUGUAGUUUCUUUCAUUUUCCUCCAGAAAGUUCUCAUUUCCUUACAGAUUUACUCCAGCUGUUUCUGUAUAUUCCAGUUUCUUCAUCCCAUGUGGGUUUCAGUUUAGUGCUUGUCUGGUAGAGUUACAGUGUGUGGUUUCUGAAUGAAUACAACUGCUUGCUGAAGAUAAUGCAAGCGAACAGCGUAGGCCUAUUGUAUUGCAUGUACAUGAUCCAAUGACGAGUGAUCUUUCUAUACUAUAGUGCAUGGAAUACAUUGCCUUUUAAAUUUUAAUAUAUGUAUAUUUACUGGACUUAUAAAAGUUUAAUUUAAUCAGUUUAUUGCUAUACUUGUAAAAUCAAUAUAUGCAUGUGCCAGCAAGAAGUUGCACAUUUUAGUCCAAUUGAAAUUCAUAUCUUCAUAAAUGCAUACUCCAUUGCAGAUUGUACUGCACACGAAUAGCAUGAAUAGAACAUUCUUUUUAGCAUUUCAUGUAUUAUCAUGAUAGUAUCUAAAAUUUAUUCUAAGAUGCACAACGGUUAACGUAUUCCGUACGAAUUGUCAUACUGGUAAUAGUUAUAGACCUGAAUAGGUCAAAUGACUAUUUUGACUGAGAGAAUUCUAAGUGCAUUUGAGUAUUAUUGUAUAAUUCAACGGCCUUCAAGCUCAGAAUGCAAAUGAUGCCCUAGAUCAUUUACUGUGUUUGCUGGUGCUAGCUGUAUAUAUUAUUGUUGUGGGAUUGUGUUUAAGCAAGUGUCCACAAGUUGUUGUGUUAUGUAGCUCACACUGCUUCACAUAAUGUAUAUGCGUGAAAUAUCUUCAGUAAUUAAUUAUAUCAACCUGCCAAACAUGUCUAUGUAAAUAAUACUAAUAAUGAUCAUUGCUGUUUAAUUAUUAUUUUUUUAUAUACUUGAAAAGUUCGCUUUAUUAAUGUGUCAAACUGAAUGUCAGUGUAGGAGUUAAAAUAAAAAAAAACCAUGUAAUUUUACAAA